AUGACUACGCAUACAACUAGAUCUAAUCAGCCCUUAAAACAAACAGACGAUGAUGAUAAUGAUAAAAUAAAUUCUGCUCCACCACCUCCAAAUUCCAAACUAGCAGUUGAACCAGAAGAGACUCGUCAUGUAACUAUUUCAGAAGCUAUUGGUCUUGAUUUUAAUUCGUGUAUUCCACAAGCUGAUAUAACAUCACAAGUACAUUUUAUUAGUAAUAUUCAAGCAGAUUCUGAACCAAGUUUAGCUGGCCUUAAAAAUGGAGAUCGUAUAUUACAGAUAAAUGGAAUUAAUAUUACUAGUUUUGAACAUGAAGACGUACGAAAAUUAAUGCAAUUAAUGACUCCAAUUGUUUUAACAGUAGCAAAUGAUCCAAAAUAUUUAGUAUUGCUUCAAGAACCAAUUCAUGAUAUCGAAGAAAAACAACCAGAACGUCCAAUAAUAUCAGGUGAUGAUGAUGAUUCCGAUCCUAAUCAACGUCGUAUAUUUCGAUUUGAAUUAAAAAGACAACCAUCAUUUGAACCUAUGACAUCAUCAAUAUCAACAGCAAGUAAAUCAACUAAAUCAUCUCGUUAUGAAAUAUUUAAUUUAACUCAACCUGAUGAAUCAAGUACAGAAGAACCAUUAAAAGCUAAAAUAUGUCAUUUACGUAAAACUGGUCUACGUGAAAAUGAUGUUAUUUUAUUUGUUGGAAAAACAAAAAUUGAAAAAUUAACACAUGAAGAUAUUAAAGUUAUGAUACGUGCAGCAGCAUUAGCAUCAAAUCAAGUUGAUUUGACUGUUAUAUCUAAAUUAGAUAUUCCAGAAUAUAAAACAUUACAAGAAAAAGGUUUAACUGAUUGGUCAAUUAUGGGAUUGGAAAGAUAA